AUGUCAUACUUGCAGAAGAGGAUCAUCGCCAUAGUGGAUGUUAUACGCUGUCUGAAGUGUUUGGCCGAUCGUCAAAAGAAAAAAUUGAAAAAUUGCCAAACUAUGCAAACUGGAGCAGUCAUAAACUUGCAUGUCUUCAGUUCACCAUGGGCACAACAUCCGAACCAAAGUUGGUCGCCAUUUCGCAUUUUCAACUACUCAAUGGUGCUCGUGCAGUAG